GGAAUUUGGCCGAGACCUAAGACAAGUAGUGGAACGAUACAUGCAACCACUCGACAACCCUGCUGUGCCACGAGUUGUGCGGGAUAACAAAGAUGUCCUCUUCAGCAACCUUAAGCAAAUUGCUGAUUUCCACAACACCAUCCUCAUUGAAGGUGUGAAGUACUAUGCAAGUGAGCCAACAAUGUUGGGACGUACAUUCCUGAGAUUAGAACGUGACUUUGACAAGCAUGUUGCCUACUGCCGUGAUGAGCCAGCUGCACAAGAACUACUGCAAGAAAAUGAUGAAGUCCGAGAUUAUUUUGAUGAGCUUAGCCAGCAACUUGGUGACGACAAGAGCUUGUCGGAGCAUCUGAAGCUUCCAAUCCAGCGAAUUAACGACUACCAACUCCUACUAAAGGAGCUGGUGAAGUAUUCUUCUCGACUUGGCGAAGACACUAGCGACCUCCAAAAAGCUCUUGAUUUGAUGCUAGCUGUGCCCCAUCGGGCAGACGACAUCAAGUUUAUUAGUAACAUUGAAGGGUAUCACGGUAACAUCCAUAAGCUUGGUAGGCUAUUAAAACACGACUGGUUCACAGUAACAGAUAAAGAAGGAAAGCAUAAAGAGAGGUACUUAUUUUUGUUCAAGGCGCGCAUUUUGGUCUGUAAGGUUCGGCGGAUAUCUGAAGACCGGUCUGUUUUUGUUCUGAAGGAUAUUGUGAAAUUGCCUGACGUAGAAGUCGAAGACCAUAAGGAUAAUUUAAGAGUGUUUGAACUACAUCAUAAAUCCAGUGGUUUUGGAAAUUUUCCACUAACUAUUGCUGCACAUUCAGACACUGUUAAGGACAUCUGGUUAAAGGAAAUAAGACAAUAUUCUACAGAUAAAUUUGCUCUUGCUGAGCAUGCUGCUGAUGACCUGCAGUUAAAGAGUCAUACUGAAGAUACAGUUGACACCACAAGCCAAGAACAAACAGUUAAAAAGACAUCUGUAACAGAACUUGUUUCAGAAAAGUCAAAAGUAGUGAAUGGCAUCAUAAAGGAACACACGAAAGAGUUGCCACAAGAAAAUCAAAGUGAACCAGAUAAGAAAGGAAAAGAAACAGUAAAGAAGCCAUUAGAUUCUGCAGACCAAGACAACAGGGGGCCACCAAAAAAGCAAAAAACUACAAAUAUUUUAGCGGAGGAGAGCAAAACAGACCAGCAACACCAGUCUUUUGAAAAAAAGGAGAGAGAAGAACCAACAAAACAAGAAUCACAAGUGACACAAAAAUUGAAAGAUUCACGACCAGUGACUAAUGGUCCAGAACUGCUUCAUGAAACUGAGAUCAAAAAAAUAUCUGAAACAGAAAAAGUAGCAGAUUCUCAUAAAGCAAAUAACAUAAGUCAAGUCAAACAAGACCAGGAACAGUUGCCAGAAAACACAGAAACCUGCAAAACAGAAUUCAAGUCUGAUAUUGGUAUUGUGAAAAGCUCAGAGAAAGUAAAUAAUAUUACCAAUUCUGUUUCCACAAAAGAUAAAGGAAUUAAUAGCCACAACAUACUUAAGACUGCAGAAGAAUUAGAAAAGGCAGAGAAACAGUUAGUGGAAACUAAUAAAACAACAUCAGCAAAUACUUUAUUGGACAGACAGAACGAGAAAAAUAAAGUAGAGGCAGAAGAAAAACCCACAGCUCCUCAUACAGAACCCACAAAUAGAAAAGAGGGAAGCUCAGAUACAGUCAGCAAAGGCAGUACAUCAGCAGGGUCUGCAAUAGAGAAGUCUGAGCAGAAGAAGGCUGAAACAGAGGACAAGUCCAUUACUGUUCUCACAGAAUCUGCAAACAAGAAAGAAGAACAACCUACUGCGUUACCUGUAAGUGCUUUACCAGGAAGGGCUGCAUUAGAGAAGUCUGAAGAAAAGAAGCCAGAAACAGAAAGAAAAUCAACAGAUUCUCUUACCGAGUCUACAAAUAAAUUAGGUAGAAAAGAGGAAAGUUUAGAUACAGUUAGGAAAGACAGUGCAUCAGCGGGAUCUGUGAUAGAGCAGUCUGAACAGAAGAAGUCAGAAACAGAGGACAAGCCCACAACACUUGUCACAGUAUCUGCAAAUAAGGAAGAAGAACAAUCUACUGUAGCUCCUGUAAGUGUUUUACCAGGAAGGACUGCAUUAGGGAAAUCUGAAGAAAAGAAGCCAGAAACAGAGAGAAAGUCAACAGAUUCCAUUGCCCAGCCUACAAAUAAAUCAGGGACAACUUUUGACACGAGUGUUAGAAGUCCUGCCUCAGAAAAAACUGAAGAACCCAUUGAUCUUACUGCAGAAACCAGACAUAUAGAAGACUCCGUCUCUGCAGAAUCUGCCACUAAAAAGUCUGCUUCACAAGAAGAAAAGACAUUAGAAACAGCUGAAGUUUCAAAAUUAAAGAAAGAGGCUUCUGAAAACAAAGAAGACGACAUGGAUCAAUAUAUGAGUUUUGAAUCAAAACGUAUCUCCUCAUCUUCAAGAAGUGUUCAUGAAUAUUCUUCAGUGUCAAGUAGUCAUCUCAGUGAGGAGAUCUACGUGGAGUCAAGCAAUAUAUCAUCUUCUGAGUCCAUGAGGGUAGCAUCAAGUUCAACACAAUCUGUUGGUGGUGGUGAUACAGUAGUCAGACUUGCUCUGACUUCCAGUGAUGGUCGUCCAGUAUUCACUGAAACUAUUGAAGGCUGCAAUGUAGAACCUGGACAGAAUGCUAUAUUUCAAUGCAAAGUUGCCUCUGAUUCACCAACUAAUAUGACAUGGCUGAAAGAUAAUCGGCCAAUGGAUGAUAAGCUAGCAGACAGAGUUAAAAUGGAAUCUAAAGAUAGCAGCAGUUUCAAACUGGAAAUUCAACACUGUCGUGAGUCGGACACUGGUAUAUAUACAGCUAAAGCAUCCAAUGUCAUUGGAAGCUCCACAUGUACUGCACAACUAGUUGUUCAGGACAUUAGUGAAGAAGAAAGGGCACGACGUGCUGCAGCAAAUAGUCCGAGUUUCUUAAUUCGGCUUAAGGACACAGAACUGCUAGAAAAUACAUAUUUGCGAUUUAUGGUAAAAGUUCAAGGUACACCGAACCCAGAAGUAACAUUCUAUAAGGAUGGGAAACCUAUAGAAAAAGGAAGUGACCACAUUCAAGUUGUAAGAGAUAAAGCCGAGUCUGGAUAUUAUGAACUUGUUAUUACUGAUGUCCACCAAAAUGAUGCAGGAAAAUAUUCAUGUACUGCUAAAAACAAAUAUGGAGAAGUGUCAAGUGAAGCAACUGUAACAGUUACAACUGAGAAGAAAAUUUUUGCUGGAUUAGAAACAGCAGGCCUUUUACAGCCUGGAGAAGAACCAAAAUUUACAUGGUUACGAGAUGGAAAACCAUUUGAUCCUGAAGAGCGAUUUAAAGUGUUGUUCAAGGAUGAAGAGGAUUCCCUGGCACUUGUUUUUCAACAUGUGAAACCAGAGGAUGCAGGUCUAUACACAUGUGUGGCCUCUACUACAUCAGGAAAAAUAUCCUGCAGUGCUGAGCUGACUGUUCAAGGUUCUGUAAACCAGCUCCUGAAGGAACCAGAAGCCCCUAAAAUUGUAACUGAAACUAAAGCAACAGAAGUGAGUGUUGGUGGAUCAGCUAUGUUGGAACUCAAAAUAAAUGGCUUCCCUAAACCAGAUGUAAAAUGGUACAAGGACAACAAGGAAGUAACAGCAGGGGGCAGGGUUCGUUUUCUUUAUGAAGAUGAUGAAAGUAUCUCCCUUAUUAUUAAAGGUGUUACACCAGAUGAUGCUGGAAAAUACAAGAUAGUAGCAAAGAAUGAUCUGGGAGAAGAUUCUGCUGAAGUAGAUCUGAUGGUCAAAGCACCACCAAAAAUUAAGACCAAAAUGCAGGAUGCAUCAUGCAUGACAGAUCAACCAUUUAAGAUGACUGUUGAAGUGGAAGGAGUUCCAGAACCUGAAAUCAAAUGGUACAAAGAUGGCCAACAAAUUGUACAGACAGAUCGUAUAAAAAUAAUCAAGGAAACUUCAGAGACAUACACCCUCUCCAUUACAAGCACAAAAUUAGAGGAUUCUGGGUCCUACUCAAUUGUGGCAACCAAUGAAAUGAGCCAGACUUCUGAAUUUUGGAAAUUUGUUGUCCACUCUGGCCCACAGUUCCUUAAAACAAUGAACAAGUCAGUGGAAGCAAGGGAAGAUGAUACAAUAACAUUUGAAGUCAAGGUUCAGGGUGAUCCUAAACCAGAUGUGAAAUGGCUUAAGAAUGGGGAAGAGCUCAAAGCAGAUGGAAAGCACAUUAUAACUGAAGUUGAUGGCCCAACACACACUUUAACAAUCAAAGGCACUACAAGAAAUGAUUCAGGAACUUACAGUUGUGAAGUGAUAAAUGAUCAUGGCUGGAAAAAAGAUGAAGGAGUAUUAAAUGUCCGUUGUGCUCCUGAGUUCAAGAGAGAUCUGUCUGACCUUCAAGCAAAUGAAGGCGAUACAAAUAUUGAGUUUAAUGUUAAGGUUGAUGCAUACCCCAAGCCUAAAGUGAAAUGGUUUCUUGGUGAUAUAGAUAUAACAGAAAAGAAAAAUGAGUUCACUUGUACUGAAGAGGAAGGCACUUAUAAACUUGUUAUAAAGGAAGUUACAACAGAGUUGUCUGGAAAGUACACAUGUAAAGUGGUUAAUGAUCUAGGCACCAGUGAAUCAAGCUCUAAUUUAACUGUCAAUUUCAAGCCAAAAUUUAAAAAACCUCUGAAAGAUGUUGAAGUGGAUGAAGGAGACAGCUUGACUCUGACAAUAGAAUGUGAUGCUUAUCCUGAGCCAAAUGUGAAAUGGUAUAAGGAUGGCAAUGAAGUAAGUGCUGAUGCACGAAUAAAAAUCACAAGGGAUUCCACAAGAAAAGAAAGUUACAGUAUGAGUUUCACAUUGGUCAAGAGCUCAGAUGCAGGAGAAUAUGAAGCCAGAGCAGAGAAUAAAAUGGGAACAUCUUCAACAAAGAGUACUGUAAAAGUGAGCAAAAAAAAGGAAGAAGAAUUUUACAAGGAUAAGUCUCAAGAAGAAACUCAAGAAACUAAAGGUGGUACUCUUGAGGAGAAAUACAAACUGAAGAUUGAAGAGGAAAUAAUAGAGGAGCACUUCUCCCCAGAAUCAAUUAAAACAAAAGAAAUUUUUGAAGAAAGGGGAACACCAUUGAAUGCUGUACACAGCAAAGGUGCAGGGGACAGUGUUCCAGAUGACAGUGGAAAAUCGGUGACGUUAGAGAGACAGAGCAUUACAUAUUCUCGUGGCGACGGGGAUACUGUAACAAUAUCUGUAGCAUCUACAACACAUCAUGAAGUAGCAACAAUUUCAGAUAAUGGCUUGGAAGGUCCAUUUGCAGUACACUCUAUUUCUGAAACAAAAUCCACCAGAGUUGUCUGCGAAGAAUCAGAUGGCCCUGAAAGUGAGAGAGGUGUUUUCCUUAAGAAGCAUAGCGUUACACAUGAAGAAAUACAAGGAUCUCAGUCACCAUUUGUAAAUGAUCAACCAAAAAAUGCAGACAAGGGGAAACUGUUGGAAGAGAAAUCCGCUGAAAGAUAUGAAUUUUCUAAAGAAAAGAUCCAUCCUACAGAGUUAAAAAGGGAAGGACCAAUGUCAGGUGUUACAUUUGAGGAAAUAGAAGACAGCUCACCAAACACACCUGAUAUUCACGAUAUUAGUCACAGGGGAGGAACAGCAACUGUUGAAGAACCUGAGAGUGAAGAACAGCACGUGAAACGAUUGAAGAUAGAUGUCAGUAGAGGUGUGUCCAUUGUGUCACUUUCUGAAGAUGAGGCUACCAGCAGAGCUAGUUUGUCACCAGGGGCUAUCAGUGAAGAAACCUUGGAAGUACACAGAAUUGAAAUUGGCAGCGUGUUUCAGGGUGAUGUAAAGGAUAUUCCAAACGAAACUAAGAAAGGAAAACUGUGGGAAGCAGAAGGUGCAGUUGAAGUUCCUAACUCUCAGGAGGAAACUUUAAUUUCUGAUGUUGGUUCAGAGAAAGAUAAAGGAAAAAUGUAUGAAAAACAAGAUAUAGGUAUAAUUGAAAGCAAACCAAAAGAUGUUACAGGCAAUGAAGACACACCAGAAAAAAAUGCUCUAAAGAAAGGUCAGCUUUUGGAUUCUGAUAAAAUAGAUGGUAUAUAUUCACUGCAGGCAACAGAGCCGCAUCUGAUAAAUGAGAUGCCAAAAUCACAGACAGGUAAAGAAAUUAUCUCAGACACCAAAGAAGACAUUGUAAAUGGUGUUCCAGAAAAUCAGUUACAUAGGACUGUGUCAGAGGAAAAGGCUCAAAAAGCAGUGUGUGAGGAUGAUCCAGAAGUAGAAGCACUCCUGAAACGUAUUCAAAAGCAGCGCAGUGUUUUGGAAGAAAUCUUGGAUAAAGAAGGAGAGCGAAAAACUGAAGCUCCACCAGAGAUAAAUUCGUCAAAUUUGGAAGACAGAGAAAUAUAUGAGUCACUUGGAACUGUGUUUGAAGUAAAGGCAAGUGGAAUUCCGAAACCAGAUGUGAAAUGGUACAAAGAUGGGGAAGAAUUAAAGUCAUCAAACAGAAUAACCAUUUCUGAAGAUGGAGACACAUACAAAUUAGAGUUGAAGGAUGCACAGACAAGUGAUGCAGGUGUUUAUAAAGUGAAGGUUACGAACAGGCUCGGAGAGAAAACACAAGAAGCGAAGCUCAGCUUGAAACCUGUGAAUGAAUUCCGAAAGCCAAAGAUUAAGAUUCCACUCAAAGAUGUAGCAGUGUGCAAGAAUGAAGACUCUGAACUAACAUGUGUAUUUAUAGGUGAUCCUGUACCAACAGUGACCUGGUUCCAUAAUGGAGAAAAAGUAACAGAAGAUGAGAGGCACAUAUUUACUGCUGCAACAAAAGACAUUGGAGAUGGAUUAAAAGAGACUACAUUUACCCUUAAAAUUCCAUAUGGCCAACAUGGUGACACAGGCCAAUAUAAAAUCAAGGCUACAAACAAAUUUGGAGAAGAUGAAAGCAGUGCUCGCUUGGAUAUCCUGCUGAUUCCUGAAAUUGAUGCUUUGAGUGAUAUUACCAAGAUUCCAUAUGAAGACACCGUCUUUGAAGUUCAAAUACUGGCAAAUCCAAAGCCAAAAGUAACUUGGACAAGAAAUGGUGAAAAGCUGUCCAGUUCAGAUCACACAACUAUUUCCGAGAAUGUGGAAAAAGAAGUUUAUAAACUAGAAAUCAAGAAUAUUGGCCUUGGUGAUGAUGGUGUGUAUGUGGUUACUGCAAGUAACAGCCAAGGUGAACGUAGUCAGCAGGCCAAACUGACAGUGCACACGGAGCCUCCAUCCCUUGUUAAAAAUCUUGAAGAUCGUUCAGUUAAAGACUACGAAGAAGUUGAAUAUAGAGUCAGAGUGAAUGGUGUACCAAAACCAAAGAUAACGUGGUACAAAGAUGGAAAGGAACUGCAAAGUGGUGAACAUAUUGUGAUAGAAACAGAUUCAGAGGCUUUGGUAGUAAGCAGUCUCAGUAUUCAGCAUUUUCAGGAAUCUGAUGUUGGUGUGUACAAAGUGAAAGCUGCAAACCUUGUUGGAGAAGCAGAAAGCAGCUCCAAACUUUCAAUGACACAGCUACCACCAUCAUUUGCUCGUCCUCUUGAUAGAGCUGCUGAAGUGGAUGAGGGAGAUAUUCUAGACUUGAAGUGCAAACUUGAUGGUAGUCCAAUUCCAACUGUCCAGUGGUUCAAAGAUGGUCAGCCUCUACAUGCAGAUGAUCAUGUGAAAUUGACAGCUCUUCCUGAUGGGACUGUGCGGUUACUCAUUGAAGGUGUAAAGCCUACUGACUGUGGUGCUUACAAACUUGUAGCCAAAAAUAAGAAUGGAGAACAUGCUGCAUUAUGUGCUGUUGCUGUUAAACCAAAUAACCGCAAGCCUAGUUUCUCAAAGCCACUUGAAGGUGCUAAAUGUGUAGUUGGUGAGCCACUGAAGCUGGAAGCUCAAGUAGCAGCAUUUCCAGCACCUGAGGUUAAAUGGUUCAAAGAUGGUCAGCCAGUUCGUCCAUCUCAGGCAGUUAAUUUCGUGAACCAACCUGGUGGUAUAAUUGGAUUACAUAUAGAUUCUGUAAAACCUGAAGAUGCUGGUGUUUACACUGUCAGUGUAAGUAAUAGGCUUGGUGAUAUAACUGGCUCUGCCAAGGUUGAAGUUGAACCACGUGAGAAAAAGCCAACAUUCCAAGUACCUCUGCUGCCAGCAACUGUUGUUGAAGGUUUUCCUGCUAGAUUUGAAGUUAAAGUGGUUGGACAUCCACCUGCUACAUUGAAAUGGACUCACAAUGGGAAAGAAUUUGUUCCUGAUGGACAACAUGCAAAAAUAAUGCAGCUGCCUGAUGGAACAAGUGCUCUAAUUAUUGACAAAGCUAAACCUGAAGAUGCUGGAGAAUAUGAAGUAAUAGCAACGAAUGAGAAAGGAUCUGUCCCAUCAAAAGCUCAGUUAGAUGUUACUGCAAGAGCAAGAGAUGCACCUGAAGAAAAACCAGCAUUCCUACACGGUCUGAGAGAUGUUACAGUGGAGGAAGGUGACAGUCUCACUUUGACUGCUCCAUUUAUUGGAAAUCCAAUACCAGAUGUGGCGUGGAGCAAAGAUGGAACGUCUCUUUCACCAUCCGAUCGCAUUCUGUUAACAUGUGAUGGAAGAAAGGUUGGUUUGGAAAUAAAUCCAGCAUCCCUUGAUGAUAGUGGUAAAUAUACAUGCAAACUAGUAAAUCCUUUGGGUGAAGAUGAAACUACAGGCACUGCAACAAUUAGAAAGAUCUAUAAAAAGCCAAAUUUCACUCAGCGAUUCACAGAUCUCCAACAGAGACCAACGUUUGAUGCGAGAUUUCCUGCACGGGUUACAGGUAUUCCUAAACCAGAUAUUACAUGGUAUUUUAAUGAUAAACCAAUCCAAGAAUCAGAUAAAUAUAAAAUUAAAAGGGAUGGUGAAACGUGUUGUCUGUUUGUGAAAGAUUGUCAGCCUACUGACUCUGGCCGAUACAAAUGCAAGGCAAUAAACAGAGAUGGUGAAGACUCAUGUGAAGCAAAUUUGGAUGUAGUCGAGAAGAUUGGAGAAACACAGAGAACAGAACCACCUUCUUUCAUGAAGAAAAUAGGUGACACUGAAGUAUACAAAGGCAUGACAGCAAAGUUUACUGCAUGUGCUGCUGGCAUUCCAGAACCUGAUUUUGAAUGGUAUCGCAACAAUGAGCGUCUAUUUCCAAGUGAUCGCAUUAGAAUGGAGCGAGAAGGUUCUGGACUCCUGAGACUUAUUAUAGACUCUGUUGAUCCUGUUGACAUAGGACGCUACCGUCUUAAAAUUUUCAACCCCCAUGGUGAAGCAAGCUGUGAAGCGGAACUUGCAUUUGAUUCACUGGAUACACAUCCAAAGCGUCCACUGGGCUACUUGUACACUGACUUUGAUAAACAUCGAAGUUCUGCAGCACCUCUUCCAUUGCCAGAUAAACCCAUUAUUUGUAGAAUGAGUGACAGGAGACUGACACUGUCGUGGCGACCAUCGAUACCCAUAGGUCCGACAUUGCCAGUCACAUAUCGUGUUGAAAUGAGUGAACAACCUGAUGGAGAAUGGUUUACUGCCAGAACAGGUAUUCUUGGGUGUGCUUGUGACAUUCACAAUUUGCAACCAUUCCAAGAUUAUAAAUUCAGAAUUCGGGUGGAGAACAGAUAUGGCAUCAGUGAUCCUUCACCAUAUGCUGUAACUUACAGAGCACGUCUUGAACCGGAACCCCCGAAGUUCUUCCCAUACUUGGAGCCGGGAAUCGACUUCCGUCCUGAGACGUCCCCCUACUUUCCAAAGGACUUUGACAUUGAGAAGCCACCGCAUGAUGGAUAUGCUCAAGCCCCAAGAUUCCUUCGACAAGAGCAUGAUACCCAAUAUGGUAUCAAAAAUCAUAACUCCAAUUUAUUUUGGUUUGUAUAUGGUUAUCCUAAGCCCAAAAUGACAUACUACUUCAAUGAUGAAAUAAUAGAGAUGGGGGGACGGUACGACAGCAGCUACACACGGAAUGGACAAGCUACGCUUUUCAUUAAUCGGAUGUUAGAUCGUGAUGUAGGGAUGUAUGAAGCUGUAGCCACAAAUGAACAUGGUGAAGCAAGACAGCGAGUUCGGCUUGAUAUUGCAGAAUAUCCUACAUUCAUAAAACGUCCAGAGGAAACAAUUGUUAUGUUAAGGAAAAGUGGUCGAUUGGAAGCAAGGGUCACUGGAGUACCAUAUCCUGAAAUAAAGUGGUACAAAGAUUGGCAACCUCUCACAGCUUCCACCAGAAUUAAGAUACAGUUCCGCGAGCCAGAUACAUGCAUACUUGUUAUUAAUGAUGCCAUCAACAAAGAUGAGGGGCUGUAUUCAAUCAGUGCUCGUAAUGUAGCAGGAAGUGUGUCAAGCUCUGCCAUGAUACGCAUAGAGGAAAGUGAACAAGAAUAUGGUUACCUCACAUAUAGCAAAGGUAGGAACAUCAAGCCAAAGGCAAAACCAUUUGAGGAUCUGUAUGACAUUGGGAAUGAGCUUGGAAGAGGCACUCAAGGUGUUACAUAUCAUGCAGUUGAGCGAUUGACAGGUCGAAAUUACGCUGCCAAAAUAAUGCACGGAAAGUCUGACCUUCGUCCAUUUAUGAACAAUGAGCUUGAUAUACUGAAUGUGUUAAAUCAUCCAAAGAUAAUUCGGUUGCACGAUGCUUAUGAAACAAGGAAUUCCUUGACUCUGGUGACAGAGUUAGCAGGAGGAGGAGAACUACUGACAAACUUAACAAAGGAAAGAUAUAUAACAGAAUCAGACAUAGCUGGAUAUAUUCGACAGUUGCUAUGGGGGCUUGAACAUAUGCAUGACCAAAACAUUGCACAUCUUGGGCUGACUGUGGGUGAUCUUCUUAUAUCACAUCAAGGUGGAGAUGAUUUAAAAAUUUGUGAUUUUGGUUUGAGCAGGAGAAUAAACUUUGGAAAACUAGCAUCUCUUGAUUAUGGAAUGCCAGAAUUUGUUGCACCAGAGGUUGUGAAUGGUGAUGGUGUCAGUACUAGUGCUGAUAUGUGGUCUGUUGGUAUUAUCACAUACAUUCUGCUCUCUGGAAUAUCUCCAUUCAGAGGUGUUAAUGAUCGGGAGACUCUGACACGUAUAAAAGAAGGAAAAUGGGAAUUUAUUGAAGAGUGGUUUUCCAAGUUAUCCAUGGAAGCUAGAGAUUUCAUCAGCAAGCUGCUAGUUUAUCAAGCUGAUGGGAGAAUGGACGUCAAAGCUGCUCUCAAGCAUCCAUGGCUUUUGCGUGCUGAUAAAAUGCCAGCAGAUGAAUAUCAGAUAACAACAGACCGUCUCAAAAUAUAUUAUGACAGCUACAGGGAUUGGUACAACAAUGCUUCUUGCCGUACUUGGUACCGGCGCAAACCUUUGGCUGGUGCUUUCUCACAUCCAUCACGUAUGGUGUAUCCUCCAGGGCACAUAUACACACCAGAACCAACCCCAGAACCGCAGCGUAGAGAAUCCAAGGAGCGCCGAACGUGGGAAGACCAUGUACCGUCAAGAGAGCCAAUUGAUUAUGAGAUUGGAAUGCCCAAGUCAGAGAGUCACUACCAGUAUGGUCCUGAUACAUAUCUGCUUCAGUUGCGUGAUGUCGACUUUCCCGUGCGAUUGCGAGAAUACAUGAAAGUUGCAGCAAACAGGGCUCCUGGUUAUUCAGCACACUUGACAGAAACUGCUCCAUAUGACUGGAGGACACCUGUAAUACGAGAACGGCGUCGUUUCACUGAUGUUAUGGAUGAAGAAAUAGAUGAUGAAAGAAAAGAACGCAUAAAUAAAUAUGGCUCAGGGGAAGUGUAUUCACUUCGGCGUUUAAGACAUGAGCUUGGAACUAGGUUGGAUGGGCAUGCAGAAGCAGAGGCCAUAAUUGAAUACAAGAGAGAAGGACAGCCUCCAUUCUUCCGAGAAAAACCACAGACUCCUCUGCCAGUUCUUGAGGAUCAGCCAGCUGAAUUAUCGUGCCUUGUAGUUGGCGAUCCAAAACCAGUUGUUCAGUGGUUCAAGAAUGAUCAGGUGGUGUUAGAGAGCAACCGUGUUAAGGUGAGAGAAGAUGAAGAAGGACGUUCAUUUUUGCGAUUAGAACCUGCAUUACAUAUUGACGUGGGAAUCUACAAAGUUGUUGCUCGUAACAGAGUAGGACAAGCUAUCAGCAGGACACGAAUUGUUCUGGCGAGCAUACCAUCCUCUCCAGAUUCUCCUGAAGCAUCAGAAGUAUCUGACACAGAGGUAUUGCUGAGGUGGAAACAGCCGAAAGAUGAUGGAAAUUCUGCUGUUUUAUGUUACAGCCUACAGUACAAAGAAGCAGAUAAUGUUGAGUGGCUGGAUGUUGCAAACAACAUUGAUCAUGAAUUUUUCCUUGUGCAUGACUUAAAACCAACAACAAAUUAUCAAUUUAGGCUCUCUGCUCGAAAUCGCAUUGGUUGGAGUGAAAAGGGCAUUCCUACAGAGCUAAUUAAAACAAAGGAAUCAGGGUCACCAAAGGUUCAAGUCACACGUGCAAUGAAGCAUCUUCAGCAAAUCACAGAAUCAGGACAGGCCAUCACAAUUGAAGAUUCUAAGCCAAAACUUGACUACUCAAUAGAAAAGAAUCCUGUCGAGUGGACCACUGAGGGAUCACUGACUGAGAAAUACAGUUUUGUCUCAGAACUUGCCCGGGGGCGCUUCUCCAUUGUUGUCAAGGGAAUUGAGAAAAGUUCUGACAGGGUAGUUGUUGCAAAACUUUUAGAAUUGAAGCCUGAGACAGAAGAGCAGGUGAACAGGGAAUUUGAAGCUUUGAGAUCAUUGAGGCAUGAACGCAUUGCUUGUUUGGAAACAGCGUACAAGAUCUCAGGAUCUGGUGUGGCUGCACUUGUUGAAGAAAAGCUUCAGGGAGCAGAUGUGUUGACAUAUCUCUCAAGUAAACAUGAAUAUACUGAGCAGCAAGUUGCUACAAUAAUAACACAAGUGUUGGAUGGACUUCAGUAUCUCCAUUGGAGAGGAUACUGUCAUCUUGAUCUCCAGCCUGACAAUAUAGUCAUGGCUUCUGUAAGAAGUGUACAGGUGAAGCUGGUUGACCUUGGAUCAGCUCAGAGAGUCAGUAAAUUGGGAACUGUUAUUCAAAGAGUUGGUGAGACAGAAUAUACAGCUCCUGAAAUACUCAAUGAUGAACCAGCAUAUCCACAGUCAGACAUCUGGAGUGUGGGUGUAAUUACUUACAUUCUUUUAUCUGGAGUAUCACCAUUUGUGGGUAAAGAUGCUGAAGAGACUCGUCAAAAUGUCACAUUUGUACGAUAUCGAUUUGAACACUUAUAUAAGGAAAUUACUCAAGAGGCCACAAGAUUUCUUAUGCUUAUCUUCAAACGGACACCAAGCAAACGACCAACAGCAGAGGAAUGUCACGAGCAUCGUUGGCUUUUACCUUCCGAAAUAACAAUCAAGAAGCGAGAGAGAGCUGUGUUUCUUGGAAACAGAUUAAAGGAAUUUUCGGAAGCUUAUCAUUCAAAGAAAACUCAGGACUCCAUAAAGUCAGACUCCCUGACAGGAGCAUUUGGAGGCAGUGGGAAAGCUGCCCUAACUCGUUCAAGCAGCAUCCAAGAAGAAUUGUAUACCACCUUUUAAAUACAUCAAGUGCUACAGUUUUUUGGACAAAUUUCUGGAGAAGUGGGAUAGACACUUGAGAGUGACCAUCCCUUAUUCUGCCUUUGAUAUACAAUAAUUAAACAGAAUGUGCAAAUUGUAUUUGACAUUUUGUGGGAAAUAUAGUCAUAUUUUUAUAAUGAAAAUCAUUUGUAAGACACAAAUAGAGGCUUCAUGAAGCAGCCUUCAUCAGUAGUCACUGUGAGCCGAAGUGGCAGUGUGAGACUCGUGUGCAUUACUGUUUUAUCUGUACAUUCCACAUCAUCAAAUCUGACUUGCUGGGAUGUACUAAUUCAUAUUCAUUUGCCAAAUGUGCCAUUCAGGAAUGUGACCCUCGAUACUAGUGCUGGUUAUCUCAGCAUAUCCUUGAUAAGUGCAAGUCUGUGAUAGCAUGUACUGGGAAAACUGAAUAUUUAAUUUUCAUCCCUCUUAGUUUUAAGUGCACAAAAUUUUCCUUUUGUUUAAUCAUGCACAUAAGGACAUAGUGCCAAAGUUUCCUACUGCUCUCAUCAGUAGGGAAUUUUUGGUUCAAUUUGUAUUGUGCGUUCCUUGGAUCCUUCACAGAAUCCAUCACAUAAUAAAACACAUCAAUUGAUGCUAGCAAUUCACAAAGAUUUGUUCAUUACACUCCAUGCUGAUGAGUGGAAAUGGGCAAAUAAAUCUAUUACUUAUCUACAUAUUGUCAUAAAUAUGUAUUUCAAGGGGAACACUAAAAGUAACAGCUAAAGAAAUUUGUAUAGAAAGAACAAUUUUAUACAUGUAAAGUGUAAAUCAAUAUUCAUAGUUUACUGAUGCAAUUAGGUAAAUGACUGUGAUAAUGCAUUCGCUAAUGCUUCAUAAUCAUGUAUAAAGUUAUUUAAAUAAAAUAUUUGUGUAAUAAAA